AUGUCGGUCCCUGAAUAUACCGAUCACGGUGCUCUGAAGAUAUCUCCACUCAAUCUGCAAAAUAUAAAAGAGAAAUCAGUGGUAAUCACAGGAGGAGCAAGUGGUCUGGGAAAGGCCUACGCCGUGGCAUUCGCAGAAGCAGGUGCAUACGUUUCCAUUGGUGAUGUCGACGCAAAAGCCGGCAAUGAGUUGGUUUCUGAGCUUAAAGGUGCAGCGCAGUUUGUCAAAUGCGAUGUUCGUAGCUGGGACGACCAAGUCGCUCUGUUCGAUGCGGCUGUGAAACACUCGCCGCACCACAGCUGUGAUGUCGUGAUUGCCAAUGCUGGAAUCGUGGGAGCUGAUGACUUGUUCAAACUUGAAGAUCCUGCACUACCGCCUGUAAAACCAGACUUACGGAUUAUCGACAUCAACUUGAUGGGCACCGCCUAUACCUCAAAACUCGCCAUACAUUAUUUCAGGCGUCAGCCAGUGGAAACUUCUCGAGAUCGUUGUCUGAUCAUCAAAGCUAGCAUUGCUGCUUAUGCUGACCAGCCUGGCUCUCCACAGUACAAUGUUUCUAAAUGGGGAGCGAGAGGGCUGAUGAGAAAUCUACGUCGAACAAGUUGGAAGGAAAAUAUUCGAGUGAAUCUCGUUGCGCCAUGGUAUGUUCGAACGCCAAUCUUGACUCAAGAAGUACAGGCGUAUCUCGUUGGCAAGGGAGUAGAGUUUGCAACGGUUGAGGAUUGUACCAAAGCCAUGCUGAAAAUUGCAUCAGACACAACGAUUAAUGGUCGAGGAAUCGGAAUAGUGCCUCGAACUGUAGCAGCUGAGGGGUAUAUGGAUCUGGAUCAUGAUGAUUAUAAAGAGCGCGAUUUCUUGAAGCAAUGGCAACAGACGGUGCUUGACACUGCCCUGCGCUUGGUUGUGAAUUCCAAUUAA